AUGAAGCUUUCAAACAUCAUUGCAAGCACUGCGCUCUUUGCUAGCAGCGUUCUUGCUGCCGACCUGGACCCUAUUGUGAUCAAGGGUUCCAAAUUCUUCUACAAAAGCAACAACACCCAAUUCUACCUCCGUGGCGUUGCUUAUCAACAGGAAUACUCCGGCUCCGACGAUACUCCCAACAGCUUCAAAGACCCUCUAGCCGACGCCGAUGCGUGCAAGCGUGACGUCCCAUAUCUUCAAAAGCUCAACGCCAAUGUGAUCCGUGUUUACGCCGUGGACCCUACCGCAGAUCAUUCCGCGUGUAUGAACCUCCUCAGCAACGCCGGAAUCUAUGUCAUUGCAGACCUGUCCUCCCCCGGGGAGUCCAUCAUCCGCAACGACCCCCAAUGGACAUAUCCACUAUUCGCCCGCUACGCCGCCGUCAUUGAUGACCUGUCCCAGUAUACCAAUGUUAUCGGUUUCUUCGCAGGAAAUGAGGUAUCGAACAACCCCCAGACUACUGAUGCCAGUGCCUUUGUCAAGGCUGCUGUCCGUGAUAUGAAGCGGUACAUCAAGGCCAAAAACUACCGCCCAAUGGGCGUUGGUUAUGCUACCAACGAUGAUGCUUCAAUUCGGGUCGCCAUGGCGAAUUAUUUUAACUGUGAACGCGCGGAUGAAAGCAUUGACUUCUGGGGCUAUAACAUCUAUUCCUGGUGUGGAGACUCUAGCUUCCAGAAGUCUGGUUAUGACGUGCGCACCAACGAGUUCCACGACUACUCCGUUCCCGUAUUCUUCGCCGAAUACGGCUGCAAUGCAGUCGAACCCCGCACGUUCACUGAAGUUGACACCCUGUAUGGACCUCAGAUGAAUGGCGUUUGGUCCGGCGGUAUUGUCUAUAUGUACUUCCAGGAGCAGAACAACUAUGGUCUGGUAAAUGUCAACAACGGCCAGGUCAGCCCCCGUGCUGAUUACAGCUACCUCUCAAAGCGACUAGCCACUGCUACUCCCACUGGCGUUAACAAGGCUGAUUACACCCCCACCAACACCGCACUCCAAUCUUGCCCCCCAGUCAACACCAACUGGCUUGCCACCGCCACCCCACUCCCUCCUGCUCCCAACCAGCAGCUUUGCUCGUGCAUGGUGGACUCCCUGACCUGCGUAGCGCGCGAUAAUCUCGCUUCCAAGUUCCUUUCUACGACGUUCAGCAGUGUCUGUGGAUACCAGGAUGGCAAGUUCUGCAAGGGGAUCGAUGCAAACGCCACCACCGGCGAAUACGGCGCUUACAGUGUCUGUACCCCGGAGGAGCAGCUCUCUUUCGCCAUGAACCUCUAUUAUAAAAACCAGGUCAGCCAGGGCAACGGCGAGGACGCUUGUAACUUCAACGGCGCGGCAUCCAUCCAGUCUGCCAGCCAGUCCGGCGGCAGCACCUGCACUCCUCUUCUGCGCCAGGCUGGCACCUCCGGUACUGGCUCCGUUAAAGCCUCCGCAGCUGCCGCGGGCGCCUCGAGCAGUGCUUCCAGCUCUCAGGGCGCCGCUUAUGCCGUCGCCCCUGGCAUGGUCGACUUUGGAUUCCUCCACCUUGGUGCCUACGUUGCCACUGCUGUUGUUGCGGGCGUGGGGAUGAUCUGGCUGUAGAUGGAUUCGCCCCUCGCUUGGGCGGGCCGGCUUGGUUCGGUUAGGUAGACUUUAUGAUAGUCUGAUGCUUGAUUCUAUGGUUCCUUGGGUGUUGUUUUGUUACUCUUUUUAAUUCUCGGAUUUGCUUCCCCCGGGUAGAUGCUCGCCUG